GGGUGUGAACUGGCUACUUGAAUAAUCUCACUUAAUUAGAGACCUGGACCCGGAGGACUCAUAGUUAUUCUAAGUAUGAACUUGCUGGACUUCCACUUGACUGUUGCUUUGUUUCAGUGGGUGGAGCCACUCUCCCUCAUUAGAAUAAAGUAAACAGAUUUAACUCAAUUAUAAAUAGAAAAAAAUAUGUGCUCUCGGUCACUGAGAGUUGCAGAGUGACGACAGGCUCGAGACCUUGGGUGCAGCGGUGAGCAGUGCUGGAGCAUGAGUUCCAAGUCAAAAUCCAUAGGGAUCAUCGGAGCUCCUUUCUCAAAGGGCCAGCCACGAGGAGGGGUGGAAGAAGGCCCUACAGUAUUGAGGAAGGCUGGUCUGCUUGAGAAACUUAAAGAACUAGAGUGUGAUGUGAAAGAUUAUGGGGCCCUGACCUUUGCUGAUGUCCCUAAUGACAGUCCCUUUCAAAUCGUGAAGAAUCCAAGGUCUGUGGGGAAAGCAAGUGAACAGCUGGCUGAUGUGGUGGCAGAAAUCAAGAGGAACGGAAGGACCAGUCUUGUACUGGGCGGAGACCACAGUUUGGCAAUUGGCAGCAUCUCUGGCCAUGCCAGGGUCCACCCAGAUCUCUGUGUCAUUUGGGUGGAUGCUCACACCGACAUCAACACUCCACUGACAACCACCACCGGGAACUUACAUGGACAACCUGUAUCUUUCCUCCUGAAGGAACUAAAGGGAAAGAUGCCCGAUGUCCCAGGAUUCUCCUGGGUGACUCCCUGCCUAUCUGCCAAAGAUAUUGUGUAUAUCGGCCUGAGAGAUGUGGACCCUGGGGAACACUACAUUUUGAAAAUUCUGGGAAUUAAAUACUUUUCAAUGACUGAAGUGGAUAAACUGGGAAUUGGCAAGGUGAUGGAAGAAGCAUUCAGCUAUCUACUAGGAAGAAAGAAAAGGCCAAUUCAUUUGAGCUUCGAUGUUGAUGGACUGGACCCGUCUUUCACACCAGCUACUGGCACACCAGUCCAGGGAGGUCUGUCUUACAGAGAAGGUCUCUACAUCACAGAAGAAAUUUACAAAACAGGGCUACUGUCAGGAUUAGAUAUAAUGGAAGUGAAUCCAUCUCUGGGGAAGACACCAGAAGAAGUAACUCGGACAGUGAACACAGCAGUAGCAAUAACCUUGGCUUGUUUUGGAGUUGCUCGGGAGGGUAACCAUAAGCCUACUGAUUACCUUAACCCGCCUAAGUAAACAUGGAAACGUCAUAUAAAAAUCUCACAGUUAAUGACAUAAUUGGCAAAUCGACUAGUUUAGUUAAACUUCUAGUUAUCCUCCCAAAGAUUUGGUCUUUCAGAAAAAUGUUUUGCCUUGGUAAAAAUUAGUACAAUUAGUAUAAACUGUAUCAAUUCCCUCUUGGUAUGAAAUUCAAGAUAUGGAAAUGCUAACUUGUGUGAAAUUAAAAAGCUUAUAUUCCCA